GCGCAAAACCCCUUGCAACCUGUCUGUCCGUCUCUCUCUCCUCCCCAACCCCAACCCACCUGAUCAUCAGAUUCCCCCUCUCCAACGAUCAUUAAGCCACCUCGAUCACAGCGAGGUUUUAUAUGGGAGUGGUGGACUCGUCCGCUUCCAAAACCAGCCACGCACAGGAGAGCGAGCGCACGGCGGCGUGCCGCGGCGCAACCGCAACGCGAGGCACAGUAGCCCGGGCCCCCAUCCCGGCGCGUGCGCCUGCUAGCUCCCGCGCUCCGCUGCUCGCCGGGUCACCGCGUCGAGGCUUCGUCCGCGCCGCGAGCCGCGCGUGAUGGCGGCCGCUCCGUCGUCGUCGGCGGCCGCGUCUCCGGGGGCCGGCGGCGGCGGGCCACGGCCGUACCGGUCGCGGUUCGGCGACACGACCCUGACGAAGGUGUUCGUGGGCGGGCUGGCGUGGGAGACGCCCUCGGAGGGGCUCCGGCAGCACUUCGAGCGGUACGGCGACAUCCUGGAGGCCGUCGUCAUCACCGACCGCCUCACCGGCCGCUCCAAGGGCUACGGAUUCGUGACGUUCCGGGAGCCGGAGGCGGCGCGGCGCGCGGUGCAGGACCCGAACCCGACGAUCGCCGGGCGGCGCGCCAACUGCAACAUUGCCUCGCUCGGGCCGCCCCGCCCCGCCCAGCCUCGAGGCAGCAGGGGGCCAUAUCCAGGGCCCCACUUGCAGGUCCCGGCCCAGGGCCCGCACUUCAUCCCCAGGGCACCGGCCUCUCCCCAGAUGAUGCCCCAGCACGGCGGUGGCCCGGCUGCGAUCUACCCGUCUCAGUUCGGGUACUGGUACCCACCUGACUUUCAAUACCCACAGGCAAUGGCCAAUCCGCAAGUGCUGCAGAACUACUACCCUCAGAUGUAUGGCCUGACCUCGCCGACGGCGUCACCCUACCACCAGUACGUCGGGUACAUGGCGCCUCCGGCUCCGACGCCGAGGCCACUACUCCCUCCGCCACCGCCGGCGCAGCAGGUCGCCGUGCAACCGUUGGCGCAGCAUCCCCCGGCGGCACAGCAGGUCGCAAUGCAACCGUUGCUGCAGCACCCGACGCCACAGAUUCAGAGCUCCUUCUUUCCCGCUCCUUCGCUUCCGCCCAACUUCAGGCUUCAGCUGCCGCCGCCCCAAGCUUUGUCAGUACUGCCUCCCAACACAACAGAAUCGCAGCCAGCUGAUCAGGCCGCUACCUCUGCAGCUCGAGUGACAAACGCGAGCAGUGCUCCGGGUGCCUGAUCAAGAGCUCAAGGCCAGCUGAAGAUUAAAAAAACCAUUGGAUUCAACAAACCUUGAAAUUAACCAACUUUUUUUUGGGCCGAAGAAAAAGAAGCCUCCAUCGAUCUGCUGCGGACGAAGUUAUUGAUGGUCUGUAACAGUCUCUCAGGAUGUUGACUCCAGAAACAAACGACAGACAUUUCGUUUUUUCUUCAUUGUUCCCCCAUUCUUUUAUGAGUUUCGGCAAAGUUGUCCCUCGGUGAAUCCGUUGUAAAGCCAAACUGGGUUUCGUAUCAACAUCUCAGGAUUUCGCUUAGGCAGGGUUCGGAUUAUUUCGCUGUUAUUGGUGCAGUCUCCAGUAUAAUAAGUUUUGCUCCAGGAAUUUUUAUGUCUUCA